UUCGGGGGCGUAGACUUGAACCGCCCAGGGCGUGCACACGCGACGGGAUCCUUACACCUGUCGAAAGAGGGAUGGCGGACCUUUGGGAUUGCUUUGGCUUCCGGGGAUGGCCCGGGGAUGACCCCGUGCGAAUGUUAGAAGGAGCAUGGCAAAUAACCUGGCGGGAGGGGUUUGAGUUUGCAGAUCCGGAACGAGAUGACGUGACGGUUGAGGUAAAAGUCGCCGCAGCAGGGGUCUUUGAGCUGUCGAAUGAGAUCGUACGGAUGAGUCUGCCGCCCUUCCUGCUAAGACGAAUGGGAGGCAUAAAACGAGUGGAGCAGGCGGUAACUGCCAUAAAACUAGGCGAAAUGGCAACGGAGGAGGAGACAGAUAAUCAUAAGAGUGAAGAAGAACCGGGCUUAGGAGGCAGUGCCGCACAAAGCGAAGGGGGGCAGAAGGACAAAGAAUCGAUAAAUCCGAAUGGUACCAAAGGGAACCGAAAGGAGAUCUCCACAGGGGAAAGUUCGGGGAAAGCUGGGGGAAGUAGGCAGGGGACUCAGGGGACCAAGGAAGGCAGGAAUAAGGAUAGGACAAACCCCGGGAACUCGGAGGGAGCCGUGUCUAAGAAAGUAAGAGUCAUGGAUACGAGGCGCAGACUAGCCGAGAUAGACAAAAGGACCGCGGAAUACAAGGCGAGAUUGAUUGAGGAAAUGAUGACUGGGAACGAAGAAGGCUCUCUGCAGGAGGAACCCCGGGACGAACGGAGAACCGACCGAGAAGGAACUACGAAAACCAGGGAGGGACAGAAGGCCGGCAAGGAAGAUCCGGAUAACAGUGUGACAGGCGAGGCCAGCAGCUCCGAGGGCGGCCUUAAGAAGAUAGUGUCGUCCCUCGCGCGAGCACUAAACAAAAAUCAAGGCUACCUAGCGGAUGCUAAGAAGAAGUUGACGUUUGAUGGGGCGAACAUCAUGCAAUUCAUGAUAGAUUACGAGAACCUGGAAGCCGAACUGGUGGGCGAGAUCAUCUGGGAUCAACGUCAAGGGCGCGGGCCGCAGACCAAUUUUAUUUUGGAAAACGACGGACGUGAUAGGGUGAACGCGAGUACUCGGCUAGGGACGGCUGGGAGAAGGAUUAACCACGACACCGUGAUGGAGGAGGUUGCUGGAAGUUCGGAACCCCAGGCAGAGCCUGAGGCCGAGGAACCGGAAAAGGUCUAUGGGAAACCUAGGGAAGAGGAGCCUGCCGACAAAGUUUCCGCUGCCACGAAGAUGUUUAGGUACCAAAUCCCGAUCUUAUCCUUACCUGAGAUGGACGACACCAUUAGCAAGUUACUAGGGACCAUGGUGUCGGUGUCUUUUCAGACUAUGCUGCAGGCUAGCCCUAGGUUGCUCAAAGGGCUUAGACAACUGUUGACCCGGCGGCGAGUAGAAAUAGGCGACAACCCCGAACUACCUGAAGGGAAGAGGGAGGAGGAAGUUCCGCAAGAAGUGGCUAACCUGCAGAGGAGUCGCGGGGACUUGGAGGAUCUCGAGAAGGCCUUUGCAGACAUUCGUUUGAGCUUGCCCGACCGAGAGGGCGGCGAAGUUAUGAGAUCGCCACCCGGGACGAAGCUUAGCUUUCAUGCGCUACCCGUAAGGAAAUUGAAAAUCCAGAUCGGAAGUCAUCACACCGACGCAUUAGUAGAUGAGGGGGCAGAAAUCACCCUUAUAAGAAGAGAUUUCGCAACGAUCACGGGAUGUACGGUAAACAAGGAAGUAACAAGGAGCAUCUGUGGAGCUGGCGGGGAAAUCUCGUUCGCUGGAAAGAUCCCGGAAGGAAGUGUUCGAAAGUACAAGCCGGUAGGGAAGAAAGCAAAACCGGUCUCGAUCCUGUUAGAGACAUCAAAGGAAGAGGCUGUGGAGAAGGAGGAAGAGGUCCUUCGAGUGAUCCGAGAAAGAAGGGCGACGGAGGGACAUCGGAUACCAGAUGAGGUAGCGGACACAAUGAAGAUAGGGAUAGACGGGUUCCUAACGGAAGAAGAAAACCGCCUGAUCAAAAGGACCUGCCAGGAAUCUCAUCUGGCGUUUGCCUUUCGUGAUCUCCAGAAGGGACGACUGGAUGCGAAGUUGAUCCCUCCGGUCAGAAUCCACACGGUAGAACAUGAGUGCUGGAAUGACAAGGGGACAUCCUAUGAAUUUGGGAUAGCGGGAGAGGACAUCAAGGACUUACUCCGUCGGUUCCUAGUAUACAACAUUAUGGCUAGUGGACAAAAGAGUAUCCUAGCAGUACCAGAGAUAACUAUACUAGGAUUUAGUUGCGGUGCUUACGGCAGGAAGCCGGAUCCGGCAAAGACCGACAAGAUAUCACAGUGGCCGACACCGCUGCGCACGGCGACGGAGGUAAGGGCAUUCCUAGGCGUAGUCGGCUUUUGGAGGAUCUUUAUUAAGAACUUUGCCAAGAUUGUUGAGCCUAUCCGGGCUAUGAUCAGGGAAGAAGGAACCAUGGAUUGGACGGAGGAGCGAGAAGGAGUUGUCCAAAGGCUCAAGGACAUAUUGACAUCUGAGACAGUCACCCUGUUCGCGCCCUGUUUUAAUGACGAAGUGGGACGACCCUUCAUCCUAGAGACGGAUGGAGGACCUUUGGCCGUAGGAGGUGUGUUGAUUCAAAGGGAUGAGGGAGGAAAAGAGAGACCGAUUAGGUUCGAAAGUAGAACCUUGAACUCCGCAGAACGGCGGUACUCGCAAUUCAAGAAGGAAGUCCUAGCCAUCCUGCAUUGCCUUAAGACCUUCCAGGCCUACCUAUUUGGGAGACGGUUCAUCUUAAGGAUCCAUCCGACGAAUGUCGCAGGGGCCCUAAAGAAUUACAGGCCUAUAGAUCCGACGCCCAUAGACGCCUUCCUCGAAUACGAAGGAGGAACUCUUGCGGUGGAUAACGAAAUGAUAAGCGAGGGAUGCACAUCGGGAGAACUAUUGAUCCAGACUUUGCAGAAGGGGGCACCUGCCGUAGUAGCUGAACUUAGGGAAGGUCCAGUUACCACUCGAGGACGCAGAGAAGAAAAUGACUCAUGGAAAGCGAUAAUAGGACCGAAGGAGAAGCUGAUAGCAAUGGCGGUCGAAGGGGGCCGCGAAACAGUCAUGAGCUUAGUGGAAUCCUGGGAAAGGAAAGAGUUGCAAUGGGUGGUAAAUCAGAUGCAGGAAGGAAAGGAUGGGGGCAAGGAAGGAGAGGAGUUUUUCUAUGUCCAAUCAUACAAAGGGCUCUUUCGGGAGAUCGGUUUGUUGUUGGUAGGAAACAAACAACCUACGGAAGUCAGUAUUAAGGCAAGAGAAGAAGUCGAAAGGUACGUCCUAAGGGGCGGGCAUUUGUUCCGGAGGGAGGAAGGUGCUAUGCCCAAAAGGGUUGUGUGCGGAAGGUCUAGGCAAGAAGACGUUAUCCAGGCAACGCACGACGGGUUAACGGGAGGACAUCGAUCUUCCAAAGGAACACUUGCAAAGAUAACGCCGCUCUAUUAUUGGCCAGGCAUGGCAGCCAUGGUCGCCAUAUACUGCCAGACUUGCCUUAUUUGCCAAGAACGAAGCUCGGUACGAGUCUUCGAGCCGCUUAGACCAACGCGGGUGCUAGGGCCGGGACAUCUGGUCCACCUCGACCUUGCGGUGAUGCCUGUAUCAAAGGAUGGAUACAGGUAUAUCCUAGAUGCGCGAGACAACUUGAGUGGGUUCGUGGAGGCAGUCGCCCUCAAGAAAAAGACAGGGAGGAGUGUGGCGGACUGGAUAGAAGACUUCUACUUAAGGCACCCGUUCGUCAGGAGGUUUAUAGCAGACAAUGGGACGGAAUUUGUGAACCAAGAAGUAUUGGGGAUGCUUAAGAGACUUUGCGUACCGAUCAAACUCAUCAAGCCGUAUCACCCUGAGGCCAAUGCGCCAGUGGAAAGGGGGCACCGAACCUUGAAGAACACGAUUGCAAAGCUCGCAGCAGACCAUCUGGGGAACUGGCCUAGGUAUCUUAAGCAGGCUGUUUUUGCAGAGAAUAUGACUCCUAAAAGGACAACAGGAUGUAUCCCGGCAGAGCUUUGGUACGGAAGAGAGAUCGACUUUCCUGUGGAAGCCUUGGUACCUACCUGGAAUAGGUUAGAUAAUGAUCCACAAAUGACCACUGAAGAGUUAAUCGAGGCAAGAUAUCAUCAGAUCCUUAAGAAUGAGGAGGUCAUGGAAGACAUCGCCAGCCGGGUGCUGGACAGCAGAAUGAGGGACAAAGCAAUAUGGUACCAGGUCAAGAAUGUCAGAAAGGAGCCACUUCAGGUGGGGGAGAUGGUACUGCUAAGGAACUCGGCACUAGAAAGUACUUGGUCGGGAUAGUUGGGAAGGAGGUGCAAAGGCCCCUACCGGGUCGCCAAGCGGGUGGGACUGAACACCUUCGAACUGGAAGAUUUGGAUGGAACUGGAUUGAAAAGGCCCUUCCCGGGGCAACGACUGGUCAGGUUUCUAAGUCGGGACCCAGUGGAACAAUGGCUUCAGGAGGCCGAAGAUAAGGAAACAGAAGAGCCACAGGCUAAAGACUAACCACAGCCUUGCCCACCCUAUGGUUUGUCUCUGACCAUGUUCGUGGGACUGUCAUUUUUUUGGGACUGGUGCUUUGGCUUGGACUGACUGAGGUUGAAAGGUAGCAUGACUUGGGGGUUGCAAUAUCUGGCUUGUGUGACAACGGGAAGGGAUGUUUGGGGCAUUGUACCAUAGUUUCUGACGGAAAAAAUAUGGGGUCAUCACGAACGACGCAUUCGCAUGUAUAAAAAGGGCGUGAUGCGAGGGAUACUGGGUGCAUUUUGGGAAUGUCUACCGGCCUAAGGGGGAGGGGAGACAUAAGUGUAUGAGGGACAUUGCGGGUGUUGUUUUGUUAUACAGGGCUUAGGAGUAAAACGAGAAAAGACAAAAAUGAAAUUCGGCAACGAGA